AUGCCUUCACAACGGCGUGGAAGGAUGAUCACAAUCUUGGUGUUUGUGAUAGUCCUUCUCACAUACUACUACUCGGCGGUCCAUGGGGGGCAUGAGAAGGCUGAGAAAGUCGCGGUGCCGGUUGUGAAAGAGAAGGGAAGCGAUGAGCAGGACACAGAGGAGGUUUCAAUCGCGGGGCGCACCAAGAUGACCGUCCCUAAGAAGGGCUCGCAGGACUCGUCGAACGCGGAAUUGGAUCCGAGUUCAUUUGCGCAUCCCAGUUCGGAGGAACAGAAAGAGGCCGAGGAUAGAAAGGCUCGCGAGGCGGAAGCUAAGUCUGAGUUGAACUACAUAUUGAAGCAGGCACCAGUGAUCAUCUUCUCCAAAUCAUACUGCCCACACAGCAAGAGAGCCAAGACGAUCUUGCUCGAGGGAUACGAGAUUUCACCAAAGCCAUACGUGGUGGAAUUGGACCAACACCGUCUCGGCGCAGACCUCCAGAGCCUGCUGGCAGAGACUACGGGGCGUCGCACCGUGCCGAACAUUCUCGUGAACGGCAAAAGUAUUGGCGGCGGAGAUACAAUCGCUUCGUUGGAUCAAAGCGAUAACCUGGCUACGACAUUGAAGCAGUAUGGUGGGAGUUCGUUGACGGAAGUUUCCCAGGGCCCGGCCAACGCACACCAUUAA